AUGAGACUUCCGUUCCGCCGCAAGGACAAGAAGAGCAAAGACAGCAACGACUACUUGGGCUCGGCGGAUGUUGCCCGCCACCAGGGACCCCUCUUUGUCUUUCCACCUACGCACCACUCUUCUCAACUCGUCGCUGACCUACCGUCACGCGUCCUGCAGCGCAUCUUCGCCUUUGUUUGCCCUCAUGCGUGCGAUGAGUCCUACGAGACAUGUGAGGACAGCGCGUCCGAUGCUGCCUGCAUGCUCUGCGACCUGCGCGACCUGGCUCACUGCACGCGCGUGAGCAAGUCGUGGCGCAGGAAUGCCGUGCCUGUCAUGUAUCAUUCUGUCCGCAUAGACCCUGUUCAUUACUGUUCCCUCGAGGCGGUCCUGGCCGAAAAACGCAAGAAGACGUCCCGCUUCGACUGCAAUGGAAUACCGGAAGACCCAGCACAAGCGCGUUUACGCCUAUUCCGCCGAACCGUUCGCGACGAUCCCACACGCCUAGGCAAGCUGGUUGAGUUCUUCAAGAUUCCAUACAUGCUGCGCGAAUCCUCCCACGUCGAGCUGGCACAGACCAUCGCCGUGUUACCCAACCUGCAUUAUGUCGAUUUGCCCGAGGGUAUGUUUGCAGACGAGUCGAGCUUUGGAACAUUGCGUCUUGAGAUCCAGGCGCGCUGCCCCAGCAUAAGGAAGACGACAUACAGGAAAGGCUCGGAACAGAGCGUGGCUGCGCUGGCCUCCGGACGAGUGUGGACACAACUCGAGGUGCUCGAACUAGACGGCAUCCACAUCGAUCCUACAACGCUGAGGCACGCUCUGGCUUCCUUGCAGCGGUUGCGUGCCUUGAAGGUGUCGAACUCGCACAGCUUCUCCGAUGAGGUGCUGGUCGCUGAGGACGGGCUGCCUUCACUGCCACCUCUGGAGGAACUAGUACUCAAGGAGACCCCUCGCCUAACGAUCAGUGGGUUAGGAGACUUCUUGUCGUGGCUGGAAACGCAGGAAGCGCUCAAAGUCCUGACGUUGCAGAACACCGGUGUGCAUCCAUCGCAUCUCGGAGAAAUUCUUGGCAUGGCGACACGAUUGAAGACGAUUGUCGUACAAGCGACGGUGGCAGAGGCGUUCCCUCAUCAGAACAGUGUGCAACCCAUGGCGUCGCGGUCGCUCGAGACCUUGCGCUACGAGAUCCAGUCGGCCAGUUCGGCUGGGCCCUAUAGCUCGUUCGAGAGCGGCUAUUACAGCUUCCUCGCCAAUUCUAUCUUGGGGGGCAACUUCCCACGGCUUCGCCAGCUGUAUGUGCUAGACGAUACAAUGCCCGACCAGCUGCAAGGUCUGCCUCCGCCAAAUGCGACCUUUGGCGCUAGUCGCGUAAGGUCCAGUAGCUAUACAGCUUCCGGUGGCCGACCAAACAUCCCUUCCAUGCGUCUCAACGCAGAUGGUGGCCCAUCCCUCUCCCCACCAAGUGGUCGCGCCCGACCUAUGUCCAACGUCAACCCCGCCAACCGCUUCAGCUCCAACAACCCAUUCAUGUCACACUUGCCGCCGACGCACCAGCUCGAGGUCUUCACGAAGAGCAAUGAAUUUGGUAGCUGGAACUUUGCACGCGUGGACUCGGUUCAGAAGCUUGAACCGCCAACAUCACCGGGCUUCGCUCGCGACAGCAGCCGACGACCCAUCAGCACAUAUGGUCUGGGUGGUGACAUUGGUGGCAUGGGGUGGGAGGCUGGCGAGGCUCGAAAGAGUGUCAUGGUCGGCAACGGGACGGGGGCUUUCCUUGCAGUUCCAGGCCAAGAAGAGCCGGCUCCCCUGCCACCCUUUGGGGCGCCCCCUGGUGCUAGAGGCUCAAUGGAUUCAUUCCGACCAAAGAGCAGUGGUGGUGACUCGAUGAGGGGGAGCCGGGAUCUAUGGAGGUAG